CAUUUUUUUACAUAGAAAUCCGCAGUUAAAUACUGUUUUUUUUUACUUACCCUUUUUUACGUUUGUUAACGCUCGAGAAGAAAGAGGACCACUGGGUGGCCUCUUAUGGAAAGGUUCUUCUCCUUAUUACCCGACCUCUGAAAGAAGUUUUUAUAAUAAAAUAUUUUUUUUAUCUCACACCCAUACAACAUAUUGAAAAAUAUGGCUUCUUUUUUUCCUAAACAUAUUUCCUUGGGAAAAUUUUCUUUCGAUGUCUCAUUCCACAAAUUUCACGUGACUAGACCCAAACGGGCUGGAUGUAACAAGAUUUAUGAAAUCAGGAGAUCAAAAAGUUUCUUUUUUGAGCUAGUCGAUCCCUCAACAAACACCAAUGAUAUUCAUCUUAAAAUACACACAAAUGAUUAUCACAUGAAAUCGACCCCUAUUAGCUACUCUUCCACCUGUAGCUUUCCUAAUCUGAAAUACCAGAUUAGUAAGAUGUUACAACUUUUUUUUUCCCAUCAAAAAGUUAUCCCCCGAUCUAUUCAAAAGAAAUAUUUUAAUCUUAUUCGUUCCAAAUUACUUGAUAGAUAUUUUCUUAUCAAAUCACGUGCUGACACAGUCACACAAAGAAAUUCCCGCACAAAAACUUUCUUUAAUUUUUCUUAUAAACGUUAUCGUUUUUACUUUGGUAUUUUCACACCAUGUAACUUCUCCAUUACUCACAAUUUUGGAAGUGAACACACACAGUUGUGUAGUGUCCCCUCUCCCUUCAUUAUGUCUCAUAAUAGACGAGCCUGCAUUUCUCAUCAUAAAAAUUUAGACAUUUUUCAUAAUGUCAAGAAACACACCCC